GGUCUCUCCCUCCGUGCGUGAUGCGGGGAAGCCCUUCCUCCCAUCGGACGACGAACCUCCCGAGUCGGUCGUUGCAGGCGAUGGUCGAGACUCGAGACUCCAGGCUUGCUCAUGCUGUAGCGUAGUCAGCAUGUCGGGUGGUCUGUUCUCGUCUGCUCUGCGUCCCGAAGUGUAUGUCGCUCUUGUCUGAUUGAUACUGCCGAAGUGGAGAAUCUCUCAUUCGUGGACGCUGUCGUGAUCGUGAGGCCACCUUAUACGUCCCCUUGUCGAACCCUACCGGGUAUAUAACCCGUCAGUCGUCCCGCUAGACGCGUCGUCGAGGACCAGGACCGCAUCAGACAACAUCAACAUCGCCACUUCAUAAUCGCAGUCAUACUGUCGUCCGUGAUAGUCAUCAUCAGCCAUCAUGCCAUCCGUCGUUGAGAACGCGUCGUCUACAAUCCGCGGAGGAAACGAGCAGUCGCGCCCCCGCAUCUCACAGCCCCUGCAGUACUCCGGGUCGUUAGACUCGUACGCCCACCAGGACCUGACCCCCGUCAUCGGGAGAGAGUAUGAGGGCCUGCAGGUGGCCGAGAUUCUGAAAGCCGAGAACGGCGACCAGGUGAUCAAAGAUCUUGCGGCCACGAUCUCGAGCCGAGGUGUCGUCUUCCUGCGCAACCAAGACGUGUCGCCCCAGCAAAUGCGUGAAUUUGGCGAAAAGCUCACCCUGUUGGCGGGAUGCCCCGAAUCCUCCGGUCUGCACGUCCACCCCCUCACAGAAGAAGGCAGCGAGCUGGGCGACCAGAUCAGCGUGAUCAGCAGCGAGAAGCAGAAGAAGGGCGGCGGUCUCACGCACCAGCUCAGCGACACCAGCCGAUUCGCCUCCGUGGGAUGGCACACCGACAUCAGUUUCGAGCGUGUGCCCUCCGACUACGCCAUGCUCAAGAUUCACACCCUGCCUGAAACCGGCGGCGACACGCUCUGGGCCUCCGGUUACGAGAUCUAUGAUCGGCUGUCGCCGGGGAUGGCGGCGUUUUUGGAGGGUUUGACCGCAACUCAUGAUGCGACGUUCUUCCACGAGGAGGCGCGGAGGCUGGGUAAUCCGCUGAGAAAGGGCAUCAGGGGGUCGCCGCUGAAUGAGGGGGAUGAUUUGAGGGCCGUGCAUCCGGUCAUCAGGACGAAUCCGGUGACCGGAUGGAAGUCCGUGUAUGUGAACAAGGGCUUCACGAAGCGGAUCAACGGGGUAACCAAAGACGAGUCGGACAUUCUGCUGCAGUAUCUGUUCAAUCUCGUCACCCAGAACCACGACGCGCAGGUUCGCUUCAAGUGGAGGAAGAAUGACAUGGCUGUCUGGGAUAACCGGUCUACCUGGCACUGCGCCACGUAUGACUAUGUUGAGGCCCGCGCUGGAGACCGUGUCUGCAGUCUGGGCGAGGCGCCGUAUCUCGAUCUGCAGUCCAAGUCCAGGAAGCAGGCGCUGGCGGAGAUAUAAGUCUUGAGAAGGAGUCUGGUGGCGGGACCACAGAGAUUCGUUAAUUAGAAUAUUGUUGGGUGGGGGUCAGGAUGAGUCUUCUUUGUAUGAUAUUGAAUGAAAAUACCAACAACAAGC